GCAUCUCGUGGUGAAAUACUAUCCCUUGCUCCCAACUCGCUUCACACAUUCCAAUUUCCAAAUCAUCGGAAGAAACGCCACCGUUCCUCUCUUCUUCACUCUCCUUCUCUAACUGUCAUGCUGGUUUCUCUUUAAUCCCAUCUCUCCAUAAUUCCCUUCCCAAAUUACAAUCAAUCAUGCUCUAAAACUUCUUUCUACAACCAGCUGAAUCACCUCUACCCGUAAUCCAAUGGCGUCCUAUGUAGAAUUCGGAAAAUGCAAAAUGGUACGCUUCUCUCCCACUUCCGUCUGCACUUGCCGCCCCUCCUACCCCUUUCCGAAAGCUGCAGCCUUGAAACGACCCGUUUACCCGAAAUUCAGCUUGAAGCUGGUUUUCGAUGGCCCGAAAUAUGCUCUGAGGGCCUCCCGGGCGAUUUUUGCAAGGCGCCAACGCCUUAGGUUGAUUGCGGUGGCGGCUCGGGCCGAGGGCGACCUCCUCGGUGCUGCCGGAACCCCAGAGGAAGUUAACCCAGCCAGCGAUUCAUUGGCAAGGGAGAAAUCAAGUCAAUUGACAAAAAGGGUAGUCUUUGGUCUAGCUAUUGGUUUUUCAGCUGGAGGUGUGGUAUUGGCCGGAGGGUGGGUUUUCACACUGGCCCUGGCUGCUGCUGUUUUUGUAGGUGCCAGAGAGUACUUUGAAUUGGUUAGAAGUCGUGGAAUUGCUGCUGGAAUGACCCCACCUCCCCGAUAUGUGUCACGAGUUUGCUCUGUGAUCUGUGCUCUUAUGCCUAUUCUGACACUAUACUUGGGCCAAAUAGAUGUUUCUGUGACAUUUGCAGCCUUUGUUGUUGCCACAACACUACUUCUGCAAAGGAGAAUUCCUCGUUUUUCCCAGCUUACCAGUGCCAUGUUUGGGCUCUUCUACUGUGGUUAUCUUCCCUGUUUCUGGGUUAAGUUGAGAUGCAGUUUAGCAGUGCCAGCACUACAUACACGAAUAGCACAAGCCUGGCCAGUCUUAUUAGGAGGCCAAACUCAAUGGACGGUGGGUCUUGUGGCAUCCUUGAUUUCUAUUAGUAGUAUCAUUGCAGCAGACACAUAUGCUUUUUUCGGCGGGAAGGUUUUUGGUAGGACACCGCUUACUGAUAUUAGUCCAAAGAAGACUUGGGAGGGAGCUCUAGCAGGUAUUGGUGGUUGUAUAGCCACUACUGCGGUAUUGUCAAAGUUACUGAGCUGGCCUCAAUCUAUGCUAAGUGCUGUAGCUUUUGGAGUUUUGAUCUUCUUUGGAUCACUAUUUGGUGACCUCACUGAGUCCAUGAUCAAACGUGAUGCUGGUGUGAAAGACUCGGGAUCUCUCAUCCCUGGGCAUGGCGGAGUACUGGACAGAGUUGACAGCUACAUAUUCACAGGCGCCCUCGCCUAUUCCUUUGUGAAAAUGUUCCUGCCCCUCUAUGGCGUUUAAUGAAAAUACUAUACCCGCUUCCAACAUGGAACCGUACUCUUGGAAUGACACGGCCAGCAAUUUCUAGCAGUCUGAUCGCGAGCCUUGGAGUUCCAAAAGCGCGUGAACUGACACUGCAUUUGGUGUAUUAGCACCAAAUUUAUAGCUUUCUUCUGCAAAACACAAAACGAAUGGUGUUUUUUGCCAAGAGGAAACAGCGGGGUAGAUUUAUAAACUGAUGUUCAAAGGUGCGUCGAGGUUGUCUUUUCGCUUGCAAUGCGACGUUCUGUUGUGUACAGGUGAGAGAUGCAGAAUUCUUUAACUUUUCUUCGUUCGAAAAUCUGUACAAAAAAAAAACACAACUACUCAAGUGUUGAAUGAGUGUUUGGUUUUUUGUUGAAGAUUCAGAAAUGAUAACACUUAUCAUCAACCUUGUACUUUGUUGGAUAUGAUAUGAGAUAAAACCGAAUGCCCUGCAACAAAUUAUACUUCCAAAA